AUGUCCCUGGGGGGUUCUGAAACAGCUAAGAAACCCUAUGUUUCGAUUGAUGAUCUAUAUCGCAAAUCCACCCAAUUCCAAAUGUGGUCCUUCACCAAAUCAGCUUUAGAAGAGACUAAAAAGAAGGCUAAUGAAAAUGGGACCAAGGUAGCAAAACAACGACUUUUAAAUGAAUAUAAUAAUUUGAAGGAAUCAAACCGAACUUUAUUUGAACAGUAUCCUCAAGAACUAAACAUAGAUACGAUUUUUGAUCCGUUAACAUUUGAAGAAGAACAAAAGUACUUACAUUUCUAUUGUGAAAAGAUUAUCACCACUGCAGAUUUCUUCAAUAUGGCUACUCAAGUUAAAGCAACAGCCAUGUCCUUCUUUAAGAAGUUUUAUCUUGUUAAUUCAGUCAUGGAAUAUCAUCCUAAGAAUAUUUUGUAUACUUGUUUAUUCCUUGCUGCCAAACUGGAGUACUACUUUAUAUCCAUUGAAUCAUAUUGUAAGAUCCUUCCCAAAACUGAACCUAAAGAUAUAUUGGAUCUUGAGUUUAUAGUGUUGCUGAGUUUGAAGUUUACUUUACUUGUUUAUCAUCCAUUCCGACCACUAUACGGGUUCUUUCUUGAUUUCCAAGCAGUGUUGUUACAUCCUUCACCAUUGAUGUACGAUGUUAAUGUUGACAAAUUAGGUCAUUUGUAUAACCAAGCAAAGGAGUGGCUCAAUAAAUAUGCUAUCAUUAGUUAUGUGGGGUUUAUGUUUACUCCUCCUCAAAUAGCUUUGGCUGCUAUGUAUGAUAUCGAUAAGAGAAUCACCAAUAAGUACUUACAACGGAAAUAUCUUCGAGAACAAUUGGAUGCUAUAAAGGAAGAACAAGAUGAAAAAAAGGGCCAAGAUGAGCAAAAACACCAAGAUGAGCAAAAGCAUCAAGAUGAGCAAAAGGAUGAAGAAGUUACCGAUGAUAAUCAAUCAUUAGAAUCUCAACAAAGAACUCAAUAUGAAACAAUUGUUAGAACUAUUGUCAAAUGUAUUCGAAUAGCCAAAGCAGAGACUCAGACUUCUUUACAAGAAAGUAAAGAUAUAGACAGAAAAUGUUUCUUCACUUUGAACCCUGCAAAGAUGAUGAAUAAAAAGAUCAAAAAGUUAAGUUCAGGAACAGAAUAG